CUGCUAGUACUCCACAACGCUGUCUUGAUGUCACUUCCGGUCUCAGAGCAGCCAAUCCCCAUGCUGUUUGGAAGAACCCUGAAUUUCUCGUGCAGUGUCAAUCAUUAAAAGACAAAAACUUGUCGCUGUGGCCGCGCGAGUGUGUGCUCAUCGCAUCGUCUGCAACAAACAACACAGGAAUGCAGCAGUGAGUCAACGGAGCUGUGUUGUAUGCGCGCCCGUGUUUUGGUUUGCGGACUCGUCUAAUCGGAAACCAUUUCAAAUCAGAAUUAUCUUAUCGUGCGAGUUAUUUUUAUCUUUCUAUUGUGAGUCUGGAACAGGAUUUUAAUUUCACAUUAUUCUUUCCUCCUAAUAUCAGUUUAAUGAGAGCGAAGUCAAAAGACUUUGAUCAUGUGUUAAAUAUCACGGGAUUAAACAAUCACAUACAGUGCAAUAGUUCAAAGGGCAGACUUGAGGACUACUUUUGAAGUUUAAACCGCGAACUAAAGUUUUCCUUGCUUUCCAAGUGGACUAUCAGACAAACAUUGAUUGACUAAAAAUGGUGAAAACAUUUUGGUGUCUUGCAAGUCGAAGUCGUCCUUAAAGAGAAUCUUUUGUGUGAGCAGCCUCAAGCCAAUGUGUCUAUUGAAGUAUUCACCAAAAGUCUGUGUCAGAUUUGUGGAAACCAAAUUUUUAGGAUGCACACUAAAAAAAGGACAGAUGACACUAGAUCAAGCAAUAAACAUCUCUAAAUCAUAUCUUUGACAAGGGCUUCAGUCAUAAAUAUUGAGCUCAUGAUGGAAAAAUAUAAUUGUAAGCAAGCAAUAAGAAUUGUAUCUGUGAUACAUGGUAAUAUUGUUUUUAAACAAAUCGAAUAUUUCGUAUAUUAGUAUUUCUUAUCAAAUGGGCUAACGAUGAAUAGAUAAAUGUAUGUUUCGUUUCCAGUGAAAGGAAAUGUCGUUUAAAAAUAUCAUAUCACAGAAACUCUGUUGAAAUAUUCAGUCAAAUAUUCUAGUCAAAUGCUAGCCAUGCAUGACCAUGACCCUGGAUCGUCCAAUUUUCUGACCAGGUCGUCAUACCAUCUCACGGAUGACAUGGUCAGUGAGUCCGUAACGAAGCCUCAGCAAUACUUGCACCAGCUGCACCAUCAUCAUCUUCACCAUCACAGCAUUCAACAACAUCAUCAUCAGCAUUCGCUUCAUCACUUCCACCAGCAACACCAACGUCUACCUCAGCAUGACCCUCCACAGCAGCCCCACUCUUACCCGCACCACGGCAUUGAAUCCUCGGUGGCGCACCUUUAUCACCAGUCGUACCACCAUCCAGUUCGGCCGAAUCUUCCACCUCAGCAGACGUACAGUGCGGCGUUUCCCUCGUCGCAGUAUGCAGCUUCUGGGAGCUGCGGCAUCUACAACGAGCAGGAGGAGUUCGAAGACGUUGACGAGGAGGACAUCAGCGAGAUGGACGACGCGGAGCUGCUGCAGACGUACGAGCAGUACCGGCGCAGGUUUCGCUCCCACGCCCCGGACGUGACCUCUCAGCUGCUUCACUUCGCCGAGAUGGUCAGCGCGGACAUCCAGAAGUUUUUCGGUCGCUCCAAAGGCCACGAGGACGGCUGCGACGUCUACGAAGACAAGUGGGCCGCCACGAAAUCAGGCCGCGAGCUCUACUACGCUGACCUUCUGAGGAUCGCCCAGGGCGACACAGAGCCUGCGAACAAAACAACGAGGAAAUCUUUCACUUCUCCUUCGACUUCCAACACGGACCAGACAAGGACAUCCCGGUAUACUGGGAAGAGGAAUGUUUCAGCCGGAAUCGGGCCACUGAGCGAACUCUUCCAAUUCGGUCUGCAAAAUUACUCAACUCAAAAAACUAAUUGCCAUUCCAGGACGAAAGGGAAUCACGUGGUUCCGGGUCAUAAAGGUCGUGUCACGCCUAUGCAAGAGAGAAAUUUACCAGCAAGUUUCUGGUGCGAGCCUUGCUCGGUGUUUAACAAUCAGGGACAAACUGAAUCUUGUGUUCAGCCGGUGUUCGGCACCGUGCCAAGGUGCGAGCCCUAUGGCGAUCAGGCUCGGCACGAGAUGGUGGGACAGAACCCCAUGAUGGCAACUUCAAAGUUGCCGGACUUUACUGACCUCGUGGAAAGCUGGCAGAGGGGUGGCGGGGGCACGGGGGUGACGGACACUGGACAUGACAGGCGGCACCAGCCGGGGUCUUCGAUGACACCCCAUGGGAUGUGACGCUACGAUGCAAAACAAUAAUGUGAACAAACUCAAAGGGAAAACAAAUCAAAUUUUAAAAAAAAACUCAUUUUAUGCUUAAGUCAAUCUAUUAAUCGCAUUUAUUAUUUGAUAUGUGCUUGAGAAUCAAAAAUAAAAACUUAUGUCCACAUG